AUGCACCUCAUGCAGGACACUGGCGAGCAGAACGCUCUCUCGAUCACUGAAACUCUCGCUAUCGACAUUCCACAUGCCCCUCCCGACCAUGUUGCCGCCGUACCAUUAACGGCAUUUGACCCGCAGCACUGCCCUCUUCUCCUCUUCUCCUCCCUCUUCGACCCCUGCAUGGACUGGCUUUCAGCCGCCCACCGCUCCUUGCUCGCCGCGCAUGCCCACAACCCCCAUCUCACCAUCUCCACUCUUUCCCUCCUAACCACGACGGCUUUCUACCGGCUUUUCUUCCUGCUUCUACUAUGGCGGCCACGGGCGGAGGCGUUCCCGGAAUCACGGACGCUAUUCGUUACCCUGCUUUUCGCGCUGCCGACAUGGGGGCUAGCAAUGUGUCUCGCGCAGAGCCACUGCUUGUGGUCGUCGAACAGGAGGAAGGAACGGGUGAACGGAGGAUAUAGCCUGGUGCCCUUCAACGAUGGAGAGUGGGCAGCGGACGUGAAAGACCCUUCUUGUCUCAUAUUCGGCACCAACGCAUUCGGGAGUUACAUGGCGUUGUUCUGCGUCGGACUCUACCUUGUGGCAACCUUCAGCCUGCCAGAAGACGUCCAGUAUGGCGACGUCAUCCGCGGAGCGCGUAGAAGCACAGUGCGGAGGAAAGAGGGCUCUGGCUCGGGCGAAAAGAUCUUCAUCGCAGCCCUGUUCCACAAUAACGAAGAGGUUAUUCCUCAUUGGACAAAAGAGAUUAUGAAGGUCAUCAACUAUCUCGGAGCGGACAACGUUUUCGUGUCUAUCGUCGAAUCUUACAGCAAAGACGCCUCUCCCGCCCUUCUCCGUUCAUUCGAAUCACGCCUCUCUUCACAAAAGAUACCCCAUCGCAUCCUGAUCCAAAACACAGCUGUUCCGCGUCCCGUCAGCAUGGAAACUGCGCCACCAAGGAUCGAGCUGUAUGACCGGGUGUUGUUCACGAACGACGUCUAUUUCAAUGCGGAGAGUGUGGUGGAACUACUAGAGACAAGAGGCGGAGGAUACGAUAUGGCUUGUGGCCUUGACUUUCAAUCGUGGGGGUUGUAUGACCUCUGGGUUACCCGCGACCUCAACGGCGGCCUCGUCUCGGGCCUCUUCCCAUACUUCCUCGAGCCGACACAAGCGGGGUCUGGAGAUGGGAUGGAGGGGAGUGUCACCCGGGACCCUUUCCAGGCGUGGAUUACGCCAAUGGAGGGGAGUAACCAUAGGAUUAACACUGCUGAUAAAGAUCUUCCCAUCUUGUCUUCUGCCUCGAUGUCUGACGGACAUUCAACGGUAGAGCUUCCUCCCGAGCUCGAGCGAGAGAUAUUUGAACUCGCGCUCUCGGAGUACCCCUCAGCUCUUCUCGCGUUGCUCCUCGUGUGUAAAAGAGUGAAUGCCUGGAUACACCCUCUGCGAUUUCGGGUUGUCAAGCUCAAUAAGUCAGCGCGCUGUCGUGAGUUCAUGAAUGAGCUCCGGAACAAACCAGCCUCCCUCAUGGCUUCCCACGUGCGCUGUUUGCUGGUCGAAACCCACCCCAAUCCCCGGUCUCGCGGCUUUCCCGACGCUGUUGACAUUUCAUUGGUCCUGGAGAAAUGCACUGGGCUCGUCAAUUUUGCCUGCUCGCCGCAUCUCCGUGGCUAUGGCACGAAACUACCCGAACUCGCGGCACGAGCACAAUGGAGGCGGGCCACACUCGACCUGUGCGCGUUCUUCGACUCCGGCCCAGAAAUAGAUUCGGAAAAUGUCUUCGUCACUCGCAGUCCUCGGACUGGGUCUAAAUCCAUCGACCCAGCUCAUCCGGCACUGGCCCACAUUACUCAUCUCAAUCUUCACGACCGAGUAACGGGAAACGAGGAAGGCGGCAUAUUACACAGGCUAUCUCCUGCAAUAUCUGGCUUACCUAAGCUCACCCACCUGCGAUUGAAUAUGGAAGCCAGCACAAACAUCAACCACAUCCCGCCCAUCCUCGCGCUGCUUGCCGCAUCCCCGCGAAUCAAUGUGAUGCUGCUAGGGACGUAUAUGUUCUCUGAAGACUGGACUGGCUUCUUCUCGUCGACGUCAGAAACUCCUGACGUCCGACUGGUGUUGCUCAAUUUACGUUCAAGCUUAAUGUCCGAAUAUGAUCGAUUCGUGGAAAACUGGGAAGCCGAGGCAAAUGGCGGUUACGAUCUUUGGGCGUGGGCAGACUGGUUUGUUGCUGAUAAAAGGGCGGGUUUCUACAAAAAAUCCAACUUAUGGCUUCCACAAGCUGAAUAUGAAGACGGUGAGGAAGAGUGCUACGCAGACGCUUAUUCCGAGUUUGCGUAG